UAAAUUCCCAUGUUUGUUUGUUACAUUCUUCCUCUCUCCCAUCUGUCGGUUUGUUAAUACCAUCCUCCCCUCUUCAUUGCCUUCCAUUGAUUAACGAAUCAAGGUGCCAUAAUUCUCUUCUGCUCUUGCUUUUCCGGUGAAGAUCCAGUUUUCCGGCCGUCAGACACCGUUGGAUCAGUCGGCCCCUUUAUAUAUCACUGCAAAUUCUUUAUCAUGAAUCACGAGUAUGAUUACUUGUUCAAACUUUUGCUGAUUGGAGAUUCAGGAGUUGGAAAAUCAUGCCUGUUGCUUAGAUUUGCUGAUGAUUCAUAUCUUGACAGCUACAUAAGCACAAUUGGUGUUGACUUUAAAAUUCGCACUGUGGAACAAGAUGGAAAAACCAUUAAGCUUCAAAUUUGGGAUACUGCUGGACAAGAAAGGUUCAGGACAAUUACUAGUAGCUACUACCGAGGGGCACAUGGCAUUAUAAUAGUUUAUGAUGUCACUGAUUUAGAAAGUUUCAACAAUGUUAAGCAAUGGUUGAGUGAAAUUGAUCGCUAUGCAAGUGAAAAUGUGAACAAACUUCUUGUUGGAAACAAAUGUGAUCUUGUAGAAAGCAGAGCUGUGUCCUAUGACACUGCUAAGGAAUUUGCGGAUGGAAUUGGUAUUCCAUUUAUGGAAACUAGUGCUAAAGAUGCUACAAAUGUUGAACAGGCUUUUAUGGCCAUGUCUGCUGAUAUCAAAAACAGGAUGGCAAGUCAGCCCGGGUCAAACAACAUGAGGCCGCCAUCUGUGCAGCUUAAGGGGCAGCCUGUCGGGCAGAAGGGCGGUUGCUGCUCAGGUUAAUAAAUAAAACUAUCACCAUUCACCAUUUACCACAACACUCCAAUUUGCUUUUCAAGUUUUUUGAUUUUCAUAUCAUCAUUUUCAUGUAAGCUAUUAUUAUAGUUUCUGUUUUUUUUUUUCAAGAGUAUGAUUUUUAUUAAAUGGGUUGUACAAAUUGCUGCUAGUUUUCGUUUGCUAUUCUUUAUUCAUGGAAGCAUUUAGACAUAAUUUGUAAUUUU